UUCGAUUCUAGAUUCAAUGGAGUGCCCAUAAAAAUCCGAUGAUUGUCGUCUUGUCUUCUCAGAAUCUCAUUGUUCCGUUAAAAACAAUCUUCCAAAACAUGACUCAACUCUUGAUGAGCCCAAAAAAUCCCGCAUACCUCUCAAUAUAUGAUUUUCUAACCACACUAUGGUCAUGGCAUUGUUGGUUUCGACUCCCACAAGCACAAGAUCAACUCUUUACAAACAAUCUUCUUCUUCAAUUUCACGCUAAAAAUCCCCACAAUUUGGUAUCUCCACGAGGAUUCUUCAGCUGGGUAUCGGUCCUUUCUCUCAAUGGAGUGGUCUAAAGCAUCUGGGUGUCUCUAUUACUCCAAAAUCUUUGAAGAAUGAGAGGAAGUGCAGGUGUAAAGGUCGAGUGGUUCAAGCAUCUUUGUUUGGGGUUGGAGCACCUGAGGCUCUGGUUAUUGGGGUGGUGGCUUUAAUGGUUUUUGGUCCAAAAGGUCUUGCUGAGGUUGCACGCAACCUAGGGAAAACUCUGCGUGCAUUUCAACCAACCAUUAGAGAACUCCAGGAAGUAUCAAGGGAAUUCAAGAGCAGUCUUGAACGAGAGAUUGGCCUUGAUGAAAUUUCAAGUCAAACACAAAACACAUAUGGCUCCAACAGAGCAAACACUGCCUCAAUCCCUUCACCAGUUGGCAGCCUUGAAAAUUCUCCAACUGCAGCUGACCUCAAUGGUGCUCCAUCAAGCCAGAGCGCAUAUACCAGUGAGGAGUACUUGAAAAUCACAGAAAAGCAGCUAAAAGCAUCUGCUGCACAACAACUAGGGCAGGCACCACCGCGCCCCCCCCCCCCCCCCCCCCCAGGAGAAAGCCAGGUUGAAUCUGAGAGUCAAGGUUAGCCAUUCUUCGCUCCAAUCUCUUUCUGUCUGUUUUUGUCUUUGCCUCUCUCUCUCUAUCUCUCUCUCUCUCUCUCUCUCUCUGAUCUUAAAUGAAUUUGUAUCAGCUACUGUUAGAGAAACUGCUGGUGCCAUGGCUCCACCACAAAAGCCAGAAAAUGAAGUGUAAGACCUCUCAAGAAAGGUAAUAGCAUGAAAUGCAAUGGUCGUCAUAUUUUACAAAGUCUCAAAUGAAUCGCUGAGAUGUGAAGCCUUGUGAAAGGGGGAAGUGGAGCGUUUUUUUUGUUGUUCUUUUCUUUUUAGGAAAGUGGGCAGGGUUUCUUCAAUGCCGUGUAUAAUAAGAUUUUGUAUUGGUUGAGAUCCCGGGAAGGAAUACUAAAUUUCAGGAAUGAACUAGUUUCAUCCCCCACACGAUUACACCCAAUUUGUUAACAAUGUCAACAUUUGUUAAUGAGAUGUUAAUGGAAGAGAGAUCAGUAAGCA